CAGUUUUCAGUUGUCGACCGGCGGCUACUGCAGACGGUUGCCUGUUUUGUUUUAUCCCUUGUUUGUUUUUAAAUGAAUCGUAAUUAAAAAAAAAAAGGAGAAGGAAGAGAGAUACAUACUCGCAUAGGAAGAGCUUAAGGAACAGACGCGUUACAAUCAUUUUUGAUUUGGACAGUGACAUUUUUGGGGUUGAGUUUUUGAAGUUUUCUUGUAGAUGAGCGCAAUUGAUUCCGUUUUUUAUCGGGUGAUUCCAAUGCGCACAGCAGCCAAAAUAAAAGUGAACUGAUCUCCAUUCAUCGAGUGACAAGUUAAAAACGCCAUCUCAAUUCCUUCCUUUUCAAAUCGAAAAAAUUACAAUCAAAAGAAGAAUUGAAUUCAUUCAUUUAAAAAAAAAAAAACAAUUCCAAAAAAGAAAAGGAUGGACGGUCUGAAGAUGGCCCAACAUCAUUCGCUCGGUGCCGCUAUGAUGGCCAAAGGACUUUUCGGUGGCAGUGCAGCAGCUGCUGCUGCUGGGAUGGCCGGACUGGCCGGCAUGGAUCCACGUAGUUUAGCCAUGGCUGCCGCUUUUUUGCCCGUCAAUUUAACUUUGGACGGACGCCUACAUCCUCAUCAUCAUCAGGCGGCCGCGGCAGCGGCCGCUGCAGCCGCUGCAGCUGCUGCCAGCCUUCAGCACGGACUUCAUCAAUUGCAACAAGAAGCUCGUCACUGUCAGACGAUGAAUCGGACGGACAGUUCGAAUGGCGAUCGUUCACCGACGCCACCGACGCCCAUGAUGGAAACGUGGGUCUUGAUUCCACCUGAAUUAUCGCUGGUUCUGCAACCGCCUUCGCAACAGGCCCGCGUCUGGACCAGAGUUCCCGUGACGCAGGGACGACGCUGGUCGCCAUUCCAAGGCACCGUCCGUCUUGGUGUGAUGCCAUCGACGGCCGCCUCUGACGCCGACACAGAGAUACAGCAACGUUAUCACAGCAGUGGCUGCUACGAGGAAGUCACGGAGGUGCCCUGUCUGGCCGGAUUAUCUGGGGCUGGCACUCGCAAAGUGCGCCAUUGCAAUUGGGUUCGCUUCCUCCGCCCUUCUUCCCUUUUUACUCCACUCGUCAAUGUCGUCUGCUCCAAAAUCAAAGGUGAACCCGUUUAUGAAGCAGUCCGUCCUAUUGGCGCCAAUACGGAACUGAUUGUUUUUUACCUACCUGGCCUUCACGAUGAUGACGAAGAAUUACUCUACGGAGGUCUACCUGCCGUUCGUUCUCUUCGUUCUUCAUUAUUUCGCCGCACAAUGGGUCUCAUCUUGCAAGAUAGCCCUCUGGACUUGUCCUUGUCGCUGUUGACGUCAUCGUCCUGCUCGGCCUCUUCACCGACACCUGAUGAUCAACAACAACAGCAGCAGCAACAGCAACAAAAACAAAAGCAACAAAAUGUGGCUGGAUCGAAUGUAACCACAUCUGGUGGAGCUUCGGAUGGCCGUCAAUCUGUUUCUAGCGAACAAUCAGCUGGAUUGUCUUCAGGAGCUGACGAAAUGGCCAGCAACACGUCCGGAUUGGAUGCUUCAUCCGAUGCUUUGGGGCUCAUUCAGAGUCAUUUGAGCCAUCAUCAUAGUCUUCAUCCUCAUCAAAUGGGAGCCUCGUCUAACGUGACAUCCAACAACGGUGGAGGAAGAGGAGGCCGUGCUAGCGGAAUGACGUCUGUUUCAUCAGCCUCUUCUGGCCGUCCUGCCCGCCAGCGUCCUUUGCUUCCUUGCCAGGUUUGCGGCAAAGCUUUUGACCGUCCUUCGUUACUCAACCGUCACAUGCGCACUCAUACCGGAGAGAAGCCUCACGUGUGUGACGUGUGCGGCAAAGGAUUUUCGACGUCGAGUUCGCUCAACACGCACCGGCGGAUUCACAGCGGAGAGAAACCUCACCAGUGCCCUGUCUGCGGCAAACGCUUCACCGCCUCUUCAAAUCUCUACUACCACCGCAUGACUCACAUCAAGGAGAAGCCGCACAAGUGCGCGUUGUGUUCCAAAUCAUUCCCGACGCCUGGAGACUUGAAAUCGCACAUGUACGUGCACAGCGGUUCGUGGCCAUUCAAAUGUCACGUCUGUUCUCGCGGUUUCAGCAAACACACCAACCUCAAGAACCACCUGUUUCUCCACACCGACACCCCCUCCAAGAAAAGGAAGGGGCAGAAAACAGAUUAGAUUUCCCUUUUUUUUCUCGUGUGUGUGUGUGUCUUGUUCUUUAUAUUUCUGAGAACGUAUCGAACUUUUUCUCUGUUUUUUUCUUCUUCAAUGUCGUUCGUUGUUAAAUAGCCGAAGAAUUAGAGGCAUUUUCUGUUUAGUUUUAGUUUUUUGAAAUGUGUUCCCAUUACCUGUAUACGGUACUGUGCGUUUUGCCGACGAAUAAUCAGAAGUGAAAGAAAACAAAUCUUUUCCCAUGACCGAUUCUUGCACUUAUCAUUUCUAUUUGAAUUUGUUUUGUUUUCUUGUGAAUUAUUUCCUCUUGGACACGUCGACAGCGCGCCAAACGGAGAAGGAAGUUUGACAUUUCCGGCCAUUUUCUCGUUUUUUUGGGGGGUUUUGCUCCUAAAUGAUGACAGACUAAAAUGAUAUUUUUAGCAUCAACAAUGGCGCAUCCGCAACUAGUCGAUUGGGAUGAAGGGAUUUGAAUGAAUCGAGAUAUCGACUGUAAAGGAAGUUGAAUUCUAACUUGAAAAACAACACACACACACACACAGAAAGAAGAAUCUAUUGUGUUAACAAAAAAAAAAGGACCGUUGCGCUGCUGCUGCUCUGAUAUUUCCUACUGUCCGUGUUUUAUUUUUAUUAUUCACCGUGAAAGAAACGAGAGGAAGGAGCACAACAGAGGGGAAGGUAAAAGAGCACGAGGAGGGGGUCAGGCUUCAAAUGUAAUUUUCACGCACAGCGGGAUUCACUUUUUUUUUUUUUUUCUUCCGCUUCUUCGAGAAAAAAAGACUUUGGGUCGCCCCGAUCGUCACGUCUAGCCGCAAAAAGGGGAGGACGAAGAAGAAGCCAAACACACUGCAACCCGCCAUUUUCAAUAGUACAUUCAGACGGUUAAAGAGGGGGAGGGGGGGAAUUGUUUCCAUCAUUUUUCAUCCGCUUGAAGAAAAAAAAAAACAAAAAAUAAUCAAAAUGUUCUCUCAUUUUUCGUUGUACGUAUUAGCGGCAUUUUUUUGAAAAUAAAAGUCUUGUUUGCGGGGCGCUUGUAGCAAUUCAUUAUGAUACUUGCUGCUAGAAUUGGUUUACCUCCCUCUAAAACAUCAUUUUUCACACUCGUCUAUCGCCCCUACACGUUUUCUUCAAAGGUCCAUUGUUCCAAAAAAACAAAAAUGGGGCCUCUUGUUUUCCCCUCUGUAGCUCCCGCUUACACAUUUAGAAGGCGCUGAUCAUUUGUUUGCCGUCCAUACACUCAAGUCCUUUUCUCUAUGCAUUCGGGGUGCAUUAUAAAAACGAGACAUUGUUUUGUUUUGUUUUUUUCACUUGUUUUUUCGAAUUUUUAUUUCCACGUCAUUACUCUUAUAGAAACGAGAAAGAAAAAACGAUUGGAAAGUGAAACACAAAGUUUUUUUCCGAGUAUAGAGGAAUGGAUAGACAUUUGUAGUCGAUGUAUAGUAAAAAAAAAGAAAAGAAAUAUCGAUAGGAUUAAUGAUGGUCGGGUUUUUUCUUUCUAUUCGUUUUUUUUUUUUAAAUAAGGGACAAUGAUUAGUGGAAUUGAUGGCGCCAUCGUUUCAGUAGCUAACGAAGACUGAAAACUAUGGGCCACCAAAUCGCCUAAUGAGCUAAACCAGAAGUUGUUCGUUUUUCAAAUUUGACUAACGUCAAUGCUCGUGGAACGUAUGUAUACCAACACACCGAAAGAGACUUGUGUAAUGAUUGAAUUGGACAGCUGUUUGUCAAUCUCCUUUUAUUUUUAUUCACUUCUUUUCUACCCAAUUUCGAAUGAUUGGGUCGUUCAGUCGCAUUAUCAUAAAUGGUGUUGAUUUUUUCCUAUUAAAGUGGUAGCAUAUUGAUGAUCCCCUCGCCCCUCUUUUAAAAACAACCUUCAAUCGUUCAAUCCCGAACGGAGCGGACAGAAAUUCCUUAAAUAGAAGACGCGCACUGGAUGAAGAGAGAAAAGGGCAUUCCUUUCACGUACAUGCCAGCACGAUUAAAAUGGGGGGGUUGGAAAAUUGGUUGGUGAUUCAUUGACGUCCGUUACGGCAUCAAGACAAAUUUCCUUAUUUUUCUUUCCAUGUUAUUAAAUAGAUACAGUCCUUUUUGUUUUGUUUUCUCUGAAAAUUUCUAUAUCACGGGAGGGAUCGGGAGGAUGUUCUUACUAGUACCCGUUUAUAAAAGCUAAGCAUUUGUGCUCUUAUCUCUUUGUUUUUACUUCCAAAAGAAAAAGGAAACAUCCCAAAACGGUUCCUCCUCCUUUUGAUGUUACAAGCUGGUGGAGAAGUUCAGUUUUCUUUUUAUAUUUGACUGAUUGGCCUUUUUUUUUUUUUCUUCAUCCAUCCAUCCAUCUCUCUGUUCUCCACGGGCUCGUAGCAAUACAUCGCCGAGAAUCAAAGUCGACAACAGUCCGAGGGGGGAGGUGGGUGCCGUGAAAACGGUAAUUACCAAGCGAUCGGGCACACUUGCUACACGAACCGCGUCCAAAACGACUCAUCUUUUUAUUUUUUCUUAAAUCUGUGGAAAUGUGUAUAUAAUGAACGCUCACGAUGUUUGCGCGCACUGAUGGGGCACGUUUGAAACGGAAAAUUCUUUCAUCGGAUAACAGCCGCGGAUGAACGAUCAAAUCGAUCAGUCUUGUCCAAUUUGUUAAAUGCUUUUGUGUUGGCCUCUCCUUUAUUUGAAGCAGGUUAAAACACAAAGUUCUAAAACAACAGAGUCCAUCUUUUGUUCCCCCCGAAAUUCGUGUGGAUUUAAUGGAGAUGGUGCCCGUAGCCAAUGUCUAAUUCGACCUUGUAUGCAAAGUUGGAAACGAAUAGGAUCAUCCCUCGAUUUCGGCCUCUUUUUUUUCAAACUCUUUCAGCGUGUUGAGGAUUAAGCUGCCAAGUCGGGGUUGAAAGACUCUUUUUUCUCUCCAGAAAAUGAGUUCAAUAGUCAAAAACUCAUUUUCGGCAGCUUUCCAGUUGCACUCUCAAAUUUGUUUGACACACAAAAACACAUUCUUUUUUUUUUUUUAAAUCCUUUUUUUUCUUUUAAAGGUCAAGUCGCGGUUCGACCUUUGAUAGUAAACAAUAUGUCUCUGAAAUUCGGGGGCGUAAAAAAAAGAAAAGGGCGAGCGCAAACAGUCGACAUGCAAUCGUGCAAAGGAAAACACGAACAUGUGCGACAAAUGUUGGGACAUUUACUUGCCCUUUGAAAGAUUUUUUUUUUUUUUAAGGGUCGCUUGACCU